UAUCCUUAUAUUAUUUUAGAGAAGAUAAGAAGUGGUGUCUCCGGCCCGCGUGUGUGUAACCAGCCAUGUAUGAAGCCUGCUUCAAUAACAGGUUCACAAAUACCCUUGUGUUAUACAUUUUCUUGUUAGUUUUGCUUCUCGUUUCACCGUUUCUUUUCGCUUGGGAACUCGUCAACUCCAUUUGUUCAUGUUUCCGAUCUAAGGAAAACAUGUCCGGAAAAGUGGUCUUGAUCACCGGUGCUUCAUCAGGACUUGGAGAGCUUAUGGCAUAUGAAUACGCGAAACUAGGCGCGUAUUUAGUGAUUAUAGCCACAAAAAAGCCAGAGAGUCGACUCGAGUUUGUAGCAAACAAAGCUCGUGAACUCGGCUCUCCUGAUGUUCUUUUUAUAUUUGCCGAUGUUUCCAAGGCCGACGAUUGUAGGAUGUUCGUGGAGGACACCAUCAAACAUUUUGGUCGUUUGGAUCAUCUGGUUUGUAAUGCAGGAAUCGGACCGCUUUACUCUAUCAACAAUGAUGCCACUAAAUUCACACCUGUUAUGGACAUAAACUUUUGGGGAUCAGUUUAUCCAACUCAUUUUGCGAUCCCACACCUCAUGAAAACCAAUGGAAAGAUCGUUGUCAAUGCUUCAUGUGCUGGUGUGUUGAACCCACCUAGAGGCGGCUUCUACAAUGCUAGUAAAGCAGCGUUGAUCAGCUUUUAUGAGUCUCUUAGAUUUGAAGUUUCCCCGACAAUAACAAUAACAAUCUUGACUCUUGGAUACAUACAAACAAACUUCAUUACAGCCAAAUAUUCUAGAAAUGGUAUUGGUGUUCGUUUAAGAAAAGAUAUGAGAGAUGUAGUCCCAACAAUGGAUGCUGAACCAUGUGUGAAAGUCGUUGUCGAUGGAAUACGUAAAGGAGCAACAUUCAUUACAGAACCAAGAUUUAAUAAGGCUCUCUUCUUAAUCCAGUUCUUAUUCCCACAACUACACCAAUUCUACUUCAAUAUGUAUUUUCCCUCAAAGAAUAGAAAAUUGAAAUAAACGAUUGCUUGGAAAACAAAUGUUGGUGUAGUUGUCGGGUAUGUAUGGAGUCUGAAUAAAAUCUUAACUCGUUCCGUAUUCAGGUAUGAGUUUUUGUAUGUAUCUUCUUCCUUCUUACAUGUUAUUACUAGGUUAUGUUGAAGUAAUUGUAACUUAUGGUUACCUAAA